GACUCGGUUGCGUCCGGCGCGGGGGUAUAUAAGGGGCCGGCGGGCGGCGCUCUCCCUCAGUCAGGGGGUGACAGCCGAGGGAGGAGGAGCGGCGCGGAGCAGGUGGAGCAGCAGGAGCGACAGCGGCGCCUCGAAGCCCGCGGCCUGGCCAUGCCGCGUGGGAAGGCCGUACAGGAGCCAUCCUCUUCGAGAGCAGCGAUAGCACGGGAGGAGAAGCGUGGGCGGCCGCCGCUGUCGGAUCUUAUUCUCUACGCUGUUUGUCUGUCGACGGCACGUAAAGGUGCUUCGUUAGCUCUCAUUAAGAAGACGCUCGCCGCCGAGGGCUAUGAUGUGGUGCGGAAUAGUGGUCGCCUGAAGGCGGCGCUCGGUGCUUUGCUUGAUAAAGGGCUCCUGCGGCGGGUGACGGGCAGCGGCUUUGCCGGUUCGUUCCGUAUUGGUCGUGUCGGUAAGCAGCGAAUGGAGGGAGCCGGGCGGCGCGGGAGGGUGGCCGGUGAGGCCCGUCAGCGCCCCGCUGGGAAGACGAAGGCGCGGAGGCGCGCUGUUAAAGCUACAGCGCAGCGACUAAAGCCGGGAAGACGCCGGGGAAAGGCGGCGGUGGCAGCGGAGGAGACGGCCGGGGGCGCGGAGGAGGCCGGGGGUCCGGCGGCGGCGCUGGUGGCGGCGGUUGAGGGCGAGCCUUAGGAGCGCGGUGGAUGGAGAAAUAAACGUUGAACCCAAAGGCUCUUUUAAGAGCCACCACAGGGGGUUCAGCAGAAGAGCUGGUCGCGGGGCGUGGCGGCGGGAGAGCCUUCAGGCGGGGCCCGGAGCGGGACGAGCUUCUCUUCGCUACCCCCGGGAGCAGGACCGAGGGAAGGGGGAGGUGUGAGGAGGGGUUGCGCUGGAUAGAAGGGAGAGUGUGAGGCGGUGGGAAGGAGUGUACUGGCGGGUGGCCGUCGCUUCAUGUCACUGAAAGAGCUGCACCGAGGGACGGGUGAAGCGAUAAUAAAGGUGGUGCUGUGGGAUCAGAGCUGCACCGAGGACCGGCUGUCGUCUCAUUACACUGAAGUGCGGGCGCGUCGUGAAGAAGGGGCUGCGAUGGAAGGAUGGCUGUCGCCUCGUGUGACUAAAAGAGCUGCACCGAGGGAUGGGCGAGGCGGCAAUAACGGCGGGGGGGGAAUAAAGGUUGCGCUGGGGGAAUAGCUGCACCGAGGGCCGGCUGUUUGUCUUAUUACACUGAAAGCUGCACCGAGGGACGGGCGCGUCGUGAAUGAAAGGGGCUGUGAGAAGGGGUGGCUGUCGCCUCGUGUCGCUAAAAGAGCUGCACCGAGGGACGGGCGAGGCGGUAAU